AUACUCCUCCUCCCUGUAGUUCAUUGCCACAGCUGUAUUUACCGUCUCACUUUCCUCUACAGACUGCAGACAAAAAACAGACGAUUGAGCGGGUUACGGAUUUUAAACUUAUUUUUGCGCAUUGAAAGUUUUUUUUUUCUUUAUUUUUUCUCGAAAACUUUGUCUUCUGUGAGCCUGAGCUCCUCCACACCUUCAUCCACCCUACAGAAACACUAAUGCCGCUGAGUAGCUGAGUAUGACAUCACUGUGGAUCUGUGUGGUCCUGUUUCUUUUGGGCUCUGUAUGUAAUCUGACAGAGUGCUUGGACCCUGGAGAUCCCAAUGUGUGCAGUAUAUGGGAAAGUUUUACCACCUCUGUGAAAGAGUCAUAUGCUCAGCCAUUUGAUCAGGUUUAUGAGGAGCUCUGCUCUGAACCCUGGAGCUCCAACAAAUGCAUCCGACACCGAAUAACAUAUAAAACAGCUUAUCGCCAGUCGGUAAAAAUGGACUAUCGUAGGAGGUAUCAAUGUUGCCCAGGAUUCUAUGAAAGCAGAAACAAAUGUGUUCCACGCUGCACCAAAGAAUGUGUCCACGGACGUUGUGUCUCUCCAGACCGCUGUCAGUGUGAAGGUGGCUGGAGAGGAGACGAUUGUUCCAGUGCAUGUGAUGUGCUGCACUGGGGCCCAGACUGCAGCAAACAAUGCCAGUGUCAGAAUAAAGGCCAGUGUGAUGUCCUGACUGGAUCCUGUCUCUGCCCUCCAGGCUACACUGGACAACACUGCCAGGACCCUUGCCCAAAGGAAUACUUCGGAGAUGGCUGUGCACAGCAUUGCCAGUGUGGAACAGGCGGCUCAUGCAAUAAAGAAACUGGAGAAUGUGUGUGUAGAGAAGGAUUUACUGGGACACUAUGUGAUACUCCGUGUGUGAGGACAGGCCGAUGUGCAGUUCGCUGCUCGUGCCAGAACGGAGGCAUCUGCCAGGGGAAAGGAGUGUGUCUGUGCCCUCCUGGUUGGACAGGGUCAGUAUGUACAGAAAGAUGUCAUAAAGGAAAAUUUGGCAUUAAUUGUUCUAAGGAGUGUUUGUGCCAUAAUGGCGGUCACUGUGACCCAGUGACAGGUCACUGUCAGUGUACUCCUGGCUUCACUGGUGAAAGAUGUAAUGAAGAGUGUGCAGUGGGGAACUAUGGGCAGGACUGCAAGGGUGUGUGUGACUGCACUAAUGGUGCACGCUGCUAUCACAUUGAUGGGGGCUGCUUGUGUGAGCCGGGUUUCAGGGGUCCACAGUGCUCUCAGAGGAUGUGCAGUGAUGGAGCCUUCGGCAUUCACUGUGAACAGAGCUGCCUCUGUGACCGCCAACAUACUCUCAGUUGUCAUCCAUUGAAGGGAGAGUGCACAUGCCAGCCUGGGUGGGCGGGGCUCUUCUGUAACGAGACCUGUGCUCAUGGUUAUUAUGGAAGUGGUUGCUUGGAGCCCUGCCUGUGUGUGAACGGUGGUGUGUGUGAUUCUGUCACCGGUUUGUGUCACUGUGCUCCAGGAUACACAGAACGUCACUGUGACAGGCAAUGUGAGAUUGGCUUCUAUGGGAAAGAUUGCUCUUUUGAGUGUACCUGCAAAAAUGCUAUUUUCUGCUCUGCUAUCGAUGGAACCUGCUUCUGUAAAGAGGGGUGGAGAGGUCCAGACUGUUCCAUUCCAUGUACUGAGGGGACAUGGGGUCCAGGCUGCAAUGCCACAUGCCAGUGUGCUAACAAGGCCCAGUGCCACCCAGGUGAUGGCUCCUGCACAUGCACAGCUGGAUGGAGAGGAGACCUAUGUGAUCAGCCCUGCCCUGUGGGAACUUUUGGCCCAGGCUGCCAGCAUAAAUGUGACUGCCUCCAUGAUGAAGGUUGCCAUAGUGUUUCAGGACAGUGCCAAUGUCUGCCAGGUUGGACAGGUCCACGUUGCACAGAGAAAUGUCCACAAGGACAAUGGGGACAUCAGUGUAAUCAGAGCUGCUUAUGCAGCAACAGCGCCUCCUGUCUGCCACACAAUGGCAUCUGUAUGUGUAAACCGGGCUACCGGGGAUCUCAGUGUCAACAUGUUUGUAGUCAGGGUGUCUAUGGAGAGAAGUGCAGCCAAACUUGUCCUACCUGUGUCCACUCCACCUCAUGCCAUCACAUCACAGGCCAGUGUGUGUGUCUACCAGGCUAUACAGGGCCCCUGUGUGAACAAGUGUGUCCAGUUGGUCACUUUGGUAAGCAGUGCAGUGGUGUGUGUAGGUGUGCCAACAAUGCCACAUGUCAUCAUCAGGAUGGAUCAUGUCACUGUCUCCCAGGCUGGACUGGAUCCGACUGCUCUGUGUUGUGUAAAGCAGGAACCUUUGGGACUAACUGUAAUCAGAUGUGUUUAUGCUCCCCUAACCAUUCAUGUGAUCCUCACACUGGUGCAUGUGUGUGUGAACCUGGAUCCGGAGUGGACUGUGCUCAAGAGCGUGUGGUGAGCGUAAUGGUCCCUGUGUCUCCAGUGGAGAAAGAUUCUUGGGGGGCGAUCGUGGGCAUUGUGGUCCUUCUUAUAUUGGUGGUGCUCUUGCUGGCAUUACUGCUUCUUUACUACCGACGUAGACAAAAGGACAAACAGAGCAACACUCCCACUGUGUCUUUUUCCUCUACCCGCAAUGUCACCUCCGAGUACGCUGUGCCUGAUGUUUCGCACAGCUACCAUCACUACUAUUCAAACCCCAGCUACCACACGUCCCAGAACAGACUUCCUUUACCCCAAAUCCCUAAUAACCAGGACCGGAUUGUCAAGAACACCAAUAAGCAGCUGUUCUAUAGUCUGAAGAAUAUGGAACGGGAAAGAAGAGGCUUAUUUGGAAUGGAAUCUAAUGCUACUUUACCUGCUGACUGGAAACACCAGGAACCCCCUAAAGACCAAGGAGCAUUUGGAAUUGACCGUAGUUAUAGCUACAGUGCCAGUCUUGGGAAAUACUACAACAAACAAUUGAAGGACUCCUGCAUUGCUGUGAGCAGUAGUUCUCUAAACAGUGAAAAUCCAUAUGCCACCAUUAAAGACCUGCCUGGUCUUCCUCCAUGCCCUCCUGAGUGCAGCUACAUGGAAAUGAAACCUGCUGUGCCUCCUGAGAGAUCCUACACAGAGCUCCGACGUCCAGUUCUCCCUUCCACCAGUUUCUCCUGCAGAGAACAAUGUCCUCUUGGAAACGUUCUGGAACACGAUCCUCAGAACCAUUACGACUUGCCAGUCAACAGUCACAUACCAGGACAUUACGACCUGCCACCAGUACGCAGGCCUCCCUCACCAUCGCCACGUAGGCAGGCCAACUAAUCACAGCCUCAACACCCUCGCAUGGGUGAAAUCUUAGUGGAUGGCAUGUUCCUAAAGCACAACCACUGCCUGUUUUACCACUGUAUUUUCCAUACAAAUUAAAGGGGAACAACAUCUGUCCCUGCAAGACAGCGGAAAAAUAAGGGUGUCACUUACCCAGCCAUAUAGCAUCUGCAAAAUGAAGAGAUGUCAGAAGAACAUGAAACAUGCACCCAAAGCACAAUGUGUACUGAGACCAGUAUUUGGGUAAAGGAAACUGGAUUAUAACUUCUUGCAGCAGCAUAACACUGCCAUCUGGUGGACAUUGAAUUAAUUUUUCAACGUAUGACAGCUCUCUCUUUACUUCUCGCUUCUCAUUUUAAUACUGAUUUAUGGUUUCAUGGUAUUUGGAAAUACUCAAAUAAAAUAGACCCAUCAUGAGGUAGAUAUUACAUUUUCAUCACAGCUUUAUAAAACGUGUCUUCGGAAGGUUGUGCAUUAUCUCAUCUUUUAAUGUCAGUUGAAUGUAAUCCUUCAAGAAUUGUAAAUAUUGUAAAUAAACUGGAAAUUUUUAUGCA